AUGCACACGUUUCUUACCGAACAGGAGCUGGACUACUCUAUAUUUGUAAUUGAACAAACUGUUAAUCAGACUUUCAAUCGUGGCAAGCUAUUGAAUGUCGGUUUCAUCGAGGCAAUGAAGCUCUACGACUGGGAGUGCAUUCUAUUUCAUGAUGUAGAUUUAUUACCAGAAGAUAGACGAAACCUGCAUUUGUGCCCCAAGCGAAAUCCACGACACAUGGCUGUUGCAAUGGACAAGUAUAAUUACACACUGUUCUACGAUGGAAUGUUUGGCACAAGUUCUAUGUUCACUAUCAAACAGUAUCUUGCUGUGAAUGGACAUUCCAAUCGAUACUGGGGAUGGGGAGGAGAGGACGACGAUCUGUAUACGCGAACCUAUUUAGCUGGAUACGACGUGGAACGAUACAAUAAGACUAUUGCUAGAUACAAAAUGAUCAAGCAUAAACAAGAUGUCCAAAAUCCAAAAAAUCCGUAAGU